GAGGUGUGGAAGUGUUUGCUGAAAUGUGAAAAAAAAGUCUGUGUCGAGAGUUCUGAACGGGAAUUUCCCCUGGAGAGAGUUAAAGAUAUGCACAGGAGCAAAAAAUGAAGAAUUGUUGAUGCACUCCAACGGCUGAUUCUUUCGCGAAUCUGGGAAUUACCCACGCACGAUGGUGAGAUGUCUAUUAAUCUCUUUCCAGUAGCAUCUCUCUUCCAGGUUUGGAUCAGUCAGCAACACUCUGUUUGUCUCUCUCAAACUGUGGACAGUCGGCUAAUCCCCACCGAGACUGCCAACGAGCUUAAAAGUAAGCCCGUCUCUUCGGGAUUGAAUCAUUUCGUUGUCCAGCGUCCGAAGUUGUCAGUAGACUCGCAAUCGUCGUGAGAUUCAAUCGCAAUUUUUUUUUAAAGUUAUUAUUUCUUGAAAGAAAAGUGCGCGAAAAUGUUGCUAAAAUUCACUGUUCUCGCUUUUAUCUCUGCCACUAUUCACCAAAGUCACUCCCAAAGUGUAAUUUGCACCACGCCAGAAGGGUUUCAAGCCACUUGUACACCUGUUAAGCAGUGUCCAGCAAUUUUGGGAAUCUUCAAUAACGCUCCAAGACCGCUGCCACCAAAUAUCGUGAGCUACCUUCAGAGACUCCAGUGUUUCCAUCCCAGUGGCGAGGCCGCAGUUUGUUGUCGCCGACCAUCUUCAGGUUCUACUCCAAUUUCCUCAGUAGGAUCAACUACAAAUGAAGUAUCCGAUGAGGUCCCGACAGGACCCACGGAUGUCUCUAACCAUCCCAAUCUCUCACUCUUGCCCAGCACAAUUUGUGGCCCAAUUUUGGGCGACAAAGUAGCUUAUGGUGAGAAGACUGCUCUCUUUGAGUAUCCCUGGAUGGCUCUGCUCAGAUACAGAGACUCUGAUGGGUUUUCCUUCAGAUGUGGAGGUUCCCUGAUCACUGAUCGCUACGUCCUCACUGCUGCUCACUGUAUCGCUCGUCUGAGGAGUGGGAUUGACGUGUAUUCAGUGGUUCUGGGCGAAUACGAUGUGCGCUACGAUGAAGACUGUCAGACAAUCGGGGAUGAAACAAUCUGCUCCCCACCGACUCAGGAGAUCCUGAAAGAUCUUCUAUUGCCACAUCCAAAGUACAAUACGCCCAAAUUCGCAAAUGACAUUGGACUGAUUAGGCUGAGGGAUCGAGCAGAUACCAACAGGGACAACAUCAAGCCAGUUUGUCUUCCGUACACGCAGCAGCUUCAGAGAAUGCAACUGCGACGUCUCGUGGCCACGGGAUGGGGCACCACGGAGAACAUGACGACAUCCAAUGAUCUUCUGAAGGUCAGCUUGCCCGUGGUGGACAAUUCCCGGUGCCAGAGAGUUUAUCUCAGUCUCAAGUGGACGCCCAAUCAAUUCUGUGCCGGCGGAGAGAACAACGUGGACACAUGCAAGGGAGAUUCCGGGGGCCCCCUUGUCUAUCCAGGAAACAUCCGUGGUCAGCGCUACGUCCAGUUCGGAAUUGUGUCGGCCGGAGUCAAUUCCUGCGGCGUCUCCAAUGGCACCCCCGCCGUCUACGUCCGCGUAGGUAACUAUAUGAAAUGGAUCCUGGACACGAUGCGUCCCUAAAUCCCUGCCAGUUUCUUCAUCCUUCACAGAACUACCUCUUGUGAUAUUACUCUUAGUGACAUUGCGAAAAUCAAACAUUUUUGCGCAUUUAUGCAUUUUUUUAAUGGAUGUAUUAGAUUUUUUUUUAAUAAAAAAUAUGUAUAAAUAAAA